AUGGCCAAAUUCCAAGUUGGCUGGUAUCGGUUCGUACCGUUCCUUGGAUAUCACCAUGUCUUGAUGAUCUUGAUAGCAAUCGCCAUCAUCCUCUUAUCUCUACUGUUGGCAGGAUGCUCUUCAUCCUCACCUUUGAUCCCCGAUAUCUUCCUCCUGUCCCUGUACUACGACCAGUACACAGCGGUGCCUUCAACGGCGCAAGUUGACUACAAUGUACAUACGGCCAUCGAAAACAUCGCCGGUGACGCCCGCCUCGCCUGCCGUGUUGGUUACUUCGGAAUCUGCAUCAGCCCAGACGGCGGCAGCUGGCUUUGCAGCAACAACGCUACUGCUCUUGCCAACGAGGUUUCCGUCGACCAGGAUCCCCUCAACCUGAUCUGGCUUGCCGCUCAAUUCAAGGACAUGAUCGUGUUCCCUUACCUUAUCAUCAUUGCCAUCAUCUUUGCCUUCGUCUGCUUCCUCUUGCUCGCUACCUUCCCCGGAUGGCAUGAGGAGGAAGACUCCGAGGGCUCUGACCGCGAAGUCAAGCCGUUCCCGUCGCGACCCGUUUCCCAGAUCUCGUUGGCCAUCAUCUUCAUCGCCUCCAUCUUCAUUCUCGUCUCCGUGUUAUGGCAGCACACCGCCUCAGUUGCCGCAUCCAUCAUCGCUCAAGACUUCGGAAAUGGCGCUGUCCGCUCCGGCGUCGGUACUUCCGCCAUGGUCCUCGGUUGGUUCAGCUUCACCCUGCUCAUCAUCGUCACCAUCGGCCUGUUGGUCAUGAUCCUGAGUAUCCGUGUUCUGAGCCAAAUGGUCGACUAG